AUGUACGAUCGAGACAUUCAGCGGGUAGACGUCUUUCCAGGGUAUGAAUACGCUAUCUCUGAGGGUCUCCUGCAUGUUUCCAGUCACACUUGGGCCACUGUCAACUUUGUCACCCCUCGCUUCAAUGAAGGCGUCCCGAAGAAGCUCAGUCUCGGGGCGUAUGGACUGAUAGAGGCACUUUGCUGGACACCAGCUGUUAAGUAUGUUGGGCUCAACUUUAUAGAUAUUACGAUUGCUCUAGGGGUUGUAGGUGAUGGAAGCCAAUUGGGUCCUAAAUGCACUGGCAUCGUCCGCCGCGUUGGAUCUGCAGUUGAGCAUGUUAAACCUAGGGAUAAGGCUCUUGCCUUCUCUUGUGGUUCGUUUCGAACACGCAUUAUAAUCUCAGAAAGGAUCUGUUUCAAGAUCGACGAGAAAUACAGUCUUGAGAGUGCAAUAACCAUUCCCAAACGGACAGUUUUGAUUCAUUCAGCCUGCGGUGCUGUAGGAAUAGCCUCUAUUCAUAUUUGUCAAAUUAUCCAAGCCACGGACAGCAGCUUCCUACCAGAUCUUAUGCAUGUGACCGGGGGCUGCGGCGCCGAUGUAGUCCCCAACUCAUUAGCAAGAAGUCUUCUCCGGGCAGCAUGGGAAUGUGUAACCGAGUACGGAAAGAUGAUAGAGCAGGGCGCAAGGGAUAUUCUUGCUCAUGGGACGCUGGACAUGGUUCCGUUUUCAAGCAACCGAGCCUUCUUCGGUACCGAUUUGAUGGACAUAAUAAAUGGGGAUUCCCCAACAGUUGACAAGUUGGUAUCCGGUAUCCGAAGAAGUAUGGAUAGCGAUUCCAUCGCACCCAUUCGUCCAGUAACAAUCUAUCAAGCGAGAGAGAUGGUUGAUGCCUUUCGCUAUAUGCAUACGGGAACGCACAUGGGGAAGAUUCUCAUUCAGAUGCCCGAAGAGCCUGAGACACUCCCAUGCAUCCCUUGUCCACCAAAUGUCACCUUUCCCUCAACUAAGUCGUAUUUGUUAGUCGGCAGCCUCGGCAGAAUUGGCAAAACUGUGUCAACUUGGAUGGUUGAAAGUGGAGCUCGGGAGCUUGUAUCCUUGUCCCAUUCUGCAGGGCUCUCAACGGAAGAUAAGGCAUUUCUACAGGAAUUAAAAGCUCAAGGGUCUUCCGUAGCUAUUGUAACCGGAAGUGAGAUAAAUCUCAGUGAUGUCCAGCAGGCAGUCUCUGCAUGCCGAAAGCCUCUCGCUGGCGUUAUUCACCUGGCUGUGACAAUUAUGAACCAAACCAUUGCAGAAAUGUCUUACAAGCAAUGGGCCGCAAGUAUAGCUCCAAAGGUGGACGGGGCGUGGAACUUGCAUUACACCCUCGAUGGCAACCCUCUUGACUUUUUCCCCAACUAUGCAGCAGCAAACAGCUUGCUAGAGGGAAUUGCACACUACCGGCGCAACUGUGGCCUACCUUGCUCCGUCAUCCAACUUGGGCCAGUGGCAAACGUCGGACGGUUAAGCUAUCAUGAGAAGAUCAUGCAACAUUUCCGAGACAUCUCAAUUAGAUUCUUGUCCGACAAAGACCUGUUGGAGGACCCAAGCACCUUCGUGUCCACUAUUGGUAUGAGCCACACAAAGCCCAGCUCCGAUCCGACCUUUCACGCAACGUGGAUGAACGAGGCUCGCUUCACUUUUUACUACAACCUCGAGGUACAGGGGGACUACAAAUCUAAUGAUCCUCUUAAGGAUCUUGCAGACCGUAUUGAGGCCAACCCCGCCAUUUUAGAUGACCCAGAGACAGAGCGGAUCUUGAUCAAAGAUUUAGGUGCGCAUAUUCGAGGCCUUAUAGCUACACUUGCGGAUAUGGAUGAUGAACACACAGCCAACUUGGUAACUGAUUCUUUGAUAGCUAUUGAGGUCAAAAGCUCGGUCCGACGCUACCGGAGAGUUGAUAUAGGUCUCGCGGAGAUAAAUAAGGCUGGGACAGUUCGAGGCCUCGCGAAGGUUGUUAUGGCCCAUUGGAAAGCUAAGUAUCAGAAGGGUGAGGAGCAGCAGCAGCUGCUGCAGCAGGAUAAUGAGGUCGAUGGUGCUGAAGUGCAGUCUUAA